AUGUGGACCAGCUGGUUCAACAUUGAUCAUCCCGGAGGGAACGGGGAUUACGAGCGCCUGGAUGCCAUUCACUUCUAUUACCGAAGCAGGGUGUGUCCAAGACCCAUCCGGCUUGAAGCCCGGACCACCGACUGGGUCCCCGCGGCCAGUUCGGGCCAGGUGGUCCACUCCAGUGUCCAUGAAGGGUUCUGGUGCCUGAAUAAGGAGCAGCCCCUGGGGCAAACAUGCUUCAAUUAUGCCGUGCGUUUUCUCUGUCCUCCAGGCUCUUUGGCUGGCCAUUCCAAAUCAGUUUGGUCUUCGUGGUCAACAUGGAGCCCCUGUUCUGGAAAAUGUGACCAAGCUGGGGUGCAGAGUCGGAGAAGGACGUGCCUUGCAGAUACUUUCAUGGAUCCACGCUGCAAGGCCAUCAGCGAGGAAGAGAGGGGUUGUCUGGGACCCCCUUGCACAGUUUGCAACAUGACUUGCUCCAGGGGUUGGGAGAAUGCCGACUGCAGUGCAUGUUUCUGCCAAGAGCAUUUACUCCGUGGCACCGUUUCCCUUCAAGAUGGUGCCCCGGCAGUUGGAGCCCGCCUCUAUCUGCAAGCGAAGCCAUCAAAGUUCUUAACAGAGUCAGACCACAACGGGGCAUUUGAAGUUCCUGGCCUGUGCCCUGAUGGAAAAACCACGCUGCAAAUUAAAAAACCCAAGUACACGACAGAUGUGAUCACUUUGUCAGAGAGCGCUGAAAAUUACUCGGCCGUUCAUAUCUACUUGAAAAGAGCAGAAAAACCAUACGUGACGACGCACCCAGAAAACAAGGCGAGAAGAGAAGGUCAGAGUGUGUCGUUCUGUUGUCAUGCCACUGGAAAUCCACCCCCUGGCAGAUAUUUGUGGUUCCACAACGAUACGCUGCUGGACCCUGCCCUCUAUAAAUAUAAAAGCAACUUGAUUUUGAAGAAUCUGAAGAUGAACCAAGCCGGACGGUAUUUUUGUAAGACCAGCAAUGAAGCCGGUUCGGUCAAGUCUCAAAGCACAAGGCUUUCUCUCAUAGCAAAGAACGAAGCAGCCUGCGACUCCAGGCCUGAGAGUUAUCUUAUCCGACUGCCCCACGAUUGCGUUCAGAACUCAACCAGUCCUUCUUUCUAUUACGACGUUGGAAGAUGUUCACCCACUACAUGCUCCGGGAUGUUACGCGAGGCUUUCUGGUGCAAGGACACUAUUGCUUACUGUUGUGGGGUCUCCAAGAUGGAAACGCGAGAAAUCCCCUGUGCCGGCUACACACUUCCCGUCAAGGUGACCGUGGAGUGUGGCUGCCAGAAGUGCACCGAGGUCAAGGUCACUGUGCGAGGAAGAGCUGUGGCUUCUGAUACGGGAGAGCCCCUGCGGUUUGGUCAUAUCUAUAUGGGGAACAACAGGAUCAGCAUGACGGGCUAUAAGGGCACCUUUUCUGUGCAAGUGCCCCCAAACACCGAGAGACUGGUCCUCACCUUUGUGGACCGCCUGCAGAAGUUUGUAAACACAACCAAAGUGUUGCCGUUCAACAAAAAUGGCGGGGCGGUUUUCCACGAGAUCAGGAUGUUAAGGAAAAAACCACCGGUCACACUAGAAUCCACGGAGACCAAUAUGAUUUCCUUGGGAGAAAUGGAGGGAGAAGAUCCAGUAGCUGAACUUGAAAUCCCUCCCAAUACGUUUUACAGACUGAACGGAGAACUCUACGCCGGGAAAGUGAAAGCCAGCGUGACUUUCCUGGACCCCAGAAAUGUCUCCAGUGCAGCCACGGCACAGUCUGACUUGAAUUUUGUAGAUGCUGAAGGGGACAUGCUUCCUCUGCGGACGUACGGCAUGUUUUCUAUGGACUUCACGGACGAAACGGCCACAGAGCCACUCAAUGCGGGCCAAGUGAAGAUCCACCUGGACUCUGCUCAGAUCCAGAUGCCGGAACAUCUGCAAGGGAUGAAACUUUGGUCUCUGAAUCCGCAAACAGGUUUGUGGGAGGAAGAAGGGGAUUUUGAACUGGACCACAGCAGGCGUGGAAAGAGAGAGGAGAGGACAUUUCUGGUGGGCAACAUGGAGAUACGAGAAAGGAGGCUUUUCAACUUGGAUGUUCCUGAAAACAGACGGUGCUACAUCAAGGUGCGUGCUUACCGAAGCGAGAGAUACCUGCCCAGUGAACAGGUUGCCGGUGUGGUUGUUUCUGUUAUCAACUUAGAACCAACCCCAGGAUAUUCUACCAACCCUAGAGCUUGGGGACGCUUUGACAGUGCCGUCACUGGCUCUAGUGGCGUUUGUGUCCCAGCUUUCUGUGAUGACCAAAAUCCAGAGGCCUAUAGUGCCUACGUCAUGGCUAGUCUCGGGGCAGAAGAACUUGAAGCGGUUGCCUCCUCUCCCCGGCUUAACCCUUUCGCUGUGGGAGUGCCACAACCGUACCUCAACAAGCUCAAGUACAGGAGAACAGAUCAUCUGGAUCCCAACGUGAAAAAAACGGCAUUCAGGAUCAGCGUGGCCAAGCCUACUCCCAACAUCGCUGAAGAGGGUAACGGCCCCAUAUAUCCAUAUGAAAAGCUAUACGAAUGUGAAGUUGCUCUCCCCACUGCAGCUCACUUCAGGUUUUACAGAGUGGAAGGAGACAAAUAUGACUACAACACCAUUCCUUUUAAUGAAAAUGAUCCUGUGAACUGGACAGAAGAUUACUUGGCUUGGUGGCCCAAGCCAAUGGAAUUCAGGGCGUGUUAUAUUAAAGUGAGGAUCAACGGGCCCCUUGAAGUGAUUGUGAGAUCUCGCAACACAGGGGGCACCCAUCCAUGGACUGUCGGCCAGUUGUAUGGCAUCAGAGAUGUGAGGAGCAUCCGUGCUCUGGACCAUCCUAACCUUUCAACGGCGUGUCUAGAAUUCAAGUGCAGUGGCAUGCUGUAUGACCAAGAACGUGUUGAUCGGACGCUGGUGAAGAUCAUCCCCCAGGGCAGCUGUUACAGGGAAAAUGUGAACAACAUGUUGCAUGAAUAUCUGGUAAACCACCUCCCAGUUGCAGUGAAUAAUGACUCCAGCCAAUAUACUAUGUUGGCUCCUCUCGAUCCGCUUGGUCACAACUAUGGGAUCUAUACCGUGACUGAUCAAGAUCCUCGGACAGCCAAAGAAAUAGCUCUGGGACGAUGUUUUGAUGGGACAUCUGAUAGCUCUUCAAGAAUUAUGAAGAGCAACGUGGGCAUAGCAUUAACGUUCAAUUGUCACGAAAAAGACACUCGAGAAAAUGUGUUCCAGUCUCUACGGAACGUGCCCAGCAGGUUUCCAGCAAGCCCUUCUAGAGAGAGAACUGGAGUAAGAAGACGAAGUGAAAUUCCUCUGGUUAGAGUCACACAAAAAGUCCAGUAAGCUUUGGUACCCCUUGCUCCUGAAGAGCAGCAUGUGAGAAGCCCAGGCCCACCUGUUAAUUCAUGAACUAGAGACGAGCCCGUAUGACAACACACAUCCUUCCCACUAGUUUUUAAGAAGAGUUUUUAUUAAACGGUUUUGCACAUGCAAUAAGAAAUAUAUACAAA